CGUCCAGCCCCCAUGGACUCGCCCGGGGGCGCCCACAGUUGAGGACCCGAAGCCCACUGGGCUCGGGGCUGGGUUGAACCUCGCCGCGGCCAAGUAACCCCCCUGCGGGGUGGGAAGGGUCCUGCGCCUCUUCCCGCAGCGCUGGCCGUCGGGCAAGGGAUCCGCUGCCGCCACGCCUCGCGCCCCACGCCCCACGCCCCAUGCUGGUACACACUUACUCCCCCAUGGAGCGCCCCGACGGGCUGGGCGCAGCGGCUGGCGGGGCCCGCCUGUCAUCUCUGCCCCAGGCGGCCUACGGACCGGCGCCGCCACUCUGCCACACGCCGGCCGCCGCUGCUGCCGCCGACUUCCAGCCGCCCUACUUCCCGCCGCCCUACCCGCAGCCACCUCUGCCCUACGGCCAGGCGCCCGACGCCACCGCCGCCUUUCCCCACCUGGCCGGCGACCCGUACGGCGGCCUGGCGCCUCUGGCACAACCGCAGCCUCCACAGGCUGCCUGGGCCGCGCCCCGCGCUGCUGCCCGCGCCCACGAUGAGCCGCCCGGCCUACUGGCACCGCCCGCCCGUGCUCUGGGCCUAGACCCGCGCCGCGACUACGCCGCCGCUGUGCCCAGGCUCCUGCACAGCCUGGCUGACGGCGCACACGGCCUAGCCGACGCGCCCCUCGGCCUCCCGGGGCUGGCGGCACCGCCCGGCCUGGAGGACCUGCAGGCUAUGGAUGAGCCAGGAAUGAGCCUCCUGGACCAGUCCGUGAUCAAGAAAGUCCCCAUCCCCUCCAAAGCCAGCAGCCUCUCAGCCCUCUCACUGGCCAAAGACAGCCUGGUUGGCGGCAUCACGAACCCCAGUGAGGUCUUCUGCUCCGUGCCAGGCCGGCUCUCACUGCUCAGCUCAACGUCCAAGUACAAGGUGACAGUGGGGGAGGUCCAGCGGCGACUCUCACCUCCCGAGUGCCUCAACGCCUCACUUCUGGGUGGUGUCCUUCGCAGGGCCAAAUCCAAGAAUGGAGGCCGGUGCCUGCGGGAACGGCUGGAGAAGAUUGGGCUCAACCUCCCGGCCGGCCGUCGCAAGGCUGCCAAUGUGACGCUGCUGACUUCGCUGGUGGAGGGAGAGGCCGUGCACCUGGCCCGAGACUUUGGCUAUGUCUGUGAGACCGAGUUCCCAGCCAAGGCAGCCGCCGAGUACCUGUGCCGACAGCAUGCUGACCCUGGGGAAUUGCACAGCCGGAAGAACAUGCUGCUGGCCGCCAAGCAGAUCUGCAAGGAGUUUGCUGACUUGAUGGCUCAAGACCGCUCACCGCUGGGCAACAGCUGCCCAGCCCUCAUCCUGGAGCCGGGAGUACAGAGUUGCCUGACACAUUUUAGCCUCAUCACCCAUGGCUUCGGGGGGCCAGCCAUCUGUGCCGCCCUCACUGCCUUCCAGAACUACUUGCUGGAGUCACUCAAGGGGCUGGACAAGAUGUUUCUAAGCAGUGGGGGCAGUGGGCAUGGUGAUACCAAGGCUUCGGAGAAGGAUGCCAAGCACCGGAAAUAAUCACUUCUCCUGCCCCAUCCCUUAAGGGCUCCCAAGGCCUGAAAUGCAGUCUGAGCUCCUGGGGGUGGCCACGCCUGAGAGGAUUAAAAGGUGGGGUUGGAGUCAGGUGAGAAAGAGAAUAUUCAUCCAGAAACCCCGCAGUUAGGGGUCUGGGUUGGAAAAGGCGGGGUGGCAUCUCUGCGUGGCUUGUUGAUAAGGGCCCAGUUGUCUGCCUCACAUGUGCAAUUUUCUGACCCUGGACUGCUAAGAAGUGCUUCGACAGGAAAUGGGCAUGAAAGAGCCUAGUUCUUGGGGCUGAGCCCUGCCCAUUAAGGUGCUUGGGCAGUGGUGGGUGCCCCUAGGGUCCAGGGCCUUUCUGUUUCCACUGAUGGCAGAAGGGAAACUGUUAACAAAACAGAGGUUCUGAGCAGUUGGCAUCCUUCAUCCCAGAAUCUCCUACCCCCAGAAAAAGGGUGCAGGUAGAAAACCUCAGGAGGCUCUCUGGGGCUUUCCCACUCUUGGAAAGAAAUGGGCGGGAGGGGCCCUCAAGGAACACAGAAGACAAAGCACAAAUUGCAGAACUUGAAUCCAGGCUGCACUUCACAGUCCUGUUACUGUCUGUCCUAUUUAUUUAUGUGUUGUAAUUAAAUUUGAAAGUUUAAAAA